UAUAUGAGUGUUCAUAUAUGAUUACUUUACUUAAAUUAAGACCCAUUCAUUAGUUUUGAACUAUUGGAUGGCCUCAAUCGGGUGAAGGAGUUGAAACUUUACGACAUUUGCAACACAAAUCAAAUCAUUAUCACUCAAGCAUAGUAUGGCAUGCAACAUUAGAGCGAGUACGAGGCUUCACCAAGGAAUCUUCCAAACGUUCUCCAACAACGUUAAAACCUCAACCCCACGGUUCGUGCAUUCGUGUCCAGCCACGUUCAUCCAGAACCUUCUCAAGUUCCGAAGAGACAAACCCACAGAACAGUUGUAUCGAGCUCUCGACCAGUGCGGGUUCGACCUCAACCACGACCUCGUUCUCGACGUGCUGCGACGACACCGUUCCGAUUGGCGACCCGCGCACGUGUUCUUCAACUGGGCCUCCAAGACCACCACCGGGUACCAGCCCAGUUCCGAUGUCUGCAACGAGAUCGUUGACAUCCUUGGCAAAAUGCAGCGCUUUCAGGAACUGCACCAAGUGCUCGACGAAAUGUCCAAGAGAGAGGAACUCCUCGAUGAAGCCGUGUUCGCCACCCUGGUUCGUAGGUUCGUGGGUGCUCAUAAAGUGGAUGAAGCAAUUCAGCUAUUCUACAGAAGGAAGGAGUUUGGGUUGGAGUUAAAUUCGGAGGCUUUUCGCACUCUCUUGAUGUGGCUGUGCAGGUACAAGCACGUGGAAGACGCAGAAGCUUUGUUUCACAAUUCGGUGAAGAAGGGUUUGAGGUUUAAUCCUGCACACUACAAAAAAUUAAUGGCUGAUAUAAAGAUGUGGAACGUGAUCCUGAAUGGUUGGUGUGUUUUGGGGAACUCGCAUGAGGCAAAGAGGGUGUGGAGAGACAUAGUGGCUUCUCCAUGCAAGCCUGAUAUAUUUACCUAUGCCACCUUCAUCAAGGCAUUGACCAAGAAAGGGAAACUUGGGACGGCACUGAAGUUGUUCCGUGGCAUGUGGGACAAGGGUGGUAAACCGGAUGUUGUGAUAUGCAACUGCAUCAUUGAUGCUCUUUGUUUCAAGAAGAGGAUUCCUGAGGCCUUGGAGAUUUUCUGUGAUAUGAGUGAGCGAGGUUGUGAACCGAAUGUUGCUACUUACAAUUCACUUAUUAAGUACAUGUGCAAGAUACAGCGGAUGGAGAAGGUUUAUGAGCUGGUGGAUGAGAUGGAGAGGAAGAAGGGGAGUUGCUUGCCUAAUGCUGUUACAUAUUGUUACUUGCUCAAGAGCUUGAAGGAGCCGGGGGAGGUUUGCAGGGUUUUGGAGAGGAUGGAGAGAAAUGGAUGUGGCAUGAAUGAUGAUGUUUAUAACAUGGUGUUGAGGUUGUACAUGAAAUGGGAUGAUGGGGAUGGAGUUAGAAAAACAUGGGAAGAAAUGGAGAGGAAUGGAUGGGGACCAGAUAGGAGAUCAUAUACCAUCAUGAUUCAUGAAAACUUUGAGAAAGGGAGAGUAAAGGAUGCCGUGCGUUAUUUAGAGGAGAUGAUAUCUAAGGGAAUGGUGCCAGAGCCAAGGACGGAGAAGCUAGUAAGUUCCAUGAACAUUCGGUUGAAGGGGAGGUCAGAAAAACAGGAAGAUGUUGAAGGGGGGACAACUAGUCUUUGAGCCUUGAGGUCUUGGAAUUUGGUCCAAUUGGAAUGUUUGGACAAUGUGUCCUUAGGCUUUGUAGUUCGGUUUGGUUGUAAUCAACUUAGAAGUAUGUUCACCUUGGUUGUAAAGCCUUAAACCAAAACCAUUAUAUCAAGUUUUGUAGAAUGGUGAGAGGCAGGUUUAGAAUCUCUAGUGGAAUGCCAAUUGGCAGUAGUGUGUCACUCAUGUAAAUUGGCAUUAGCGGGUACCAGUUCUGCAGAGAUUUCAGACCUGUUGAGCUUUUGGAAGGAAAUAUGGUUAUGGAAAUGAGUAAAAACACUCGCUCCAGCAGAAACUAAUGUUACUCAGACAGGAUUGUUAAUGGUAAUUAGUAAACUGCAAGUUAAUGUC